GACCGUGACCGCGACCGCGACCGCGGGCCGGCGCCUUCCCAGGUGUUAGCCGCGCGCAAAGGCAGACGCUCUCCAGAUGUCUUCCGGAAAUGACCAAGUUUUUAUCCCAAUGUCACAAACAAACGCCGAUGGCCUCCCGGGGACCGUCCCCAAUGACCAGAAGACAUUUUCCGAAGGAGCCGUGUUAAGUUUCCAUAACAUCUGCUAUCGAGUGAAAGUGCAGAGUGGAUUUCUAUGUCAUCGAAAAACAGUUGAGAAAGAAAUACUGACGAAUAUCAAUGGGAUCAUGAGACCUGGCCUCAACGCCAUUCUGGGACCCACAGGUGGAGGCAAAUCUUCGUUGUUAGAUAUCUUAGCUGCAAGGAAAGACCCACUGGGAUUAUCUGGAGAUGUUUUGAUAAAUGGAGCACCUCAAACUGCCAAUUUCAAAUGCAACUCAGGUUAUGUGGUACAAGAUGAUGUUGUGAUGGGAACUCUGACAGUGAGAGAAAAUUUACAGUUCUCAGCAGCUCUUCGUCUUCCAUCAACUAUGAAGAAUCAUGAAAAAAAUGAACGGAUAAACAUGGUCAUUCAAGAGUUAGGUUUGGCUAAAGUGGCAGAUUCCAAGGUUGGAACUCAGUUCACUCGUGGUGUGUCUGGAGGAGAAAGAAAAAGGACUAGUAUUGGAAUGGAGCUUAUUACUGAUCCAUCCAUCUUGUUCCUGGAUGAGCCCACAACUGGCCUAGACUCAAGCACAGCUAAUGCUGUCCUUUUGCUCCUGAAGAGGAUGUCUAAACAUGGACGAACCAUCAUCUUCUCCAUUCAUCAGCCUCGUUACUCCAUCUUCAAGUUGUUUGAUAGCCUCACCUUAUUGGCCUCAGGAAAAAUGAUGUUCCAUGGGCCUGCUCAGGAGGCCCUGGGAUACUUUGCAUCAGUUGGUCACCACUGUGAGCCCUAUAAUAACCCUGCAGACUUCUUCCUGGAUGUCAUUAAUGGAGACUCCUCUGCUGUGGUAUUAAACAGAGAGGUCGAAGAUGGCGAAGGUAUGUGAAUCUGUCAAGAGUCAC